ACCAAAACAGCAACAAGUUUGACUUCUUGUUGAAGUCUUGAGUAGGAAAAAAUCUUUUUUCAAGAGAAUAUUUUAAUAAGAUAACUUUUCCUUUGAACCAAUAUACUAAGCUUUCUUGGAUGUGUUUUGUAUUACGCGUAAAUUUGGGGUAUUUGAAGAUUAUUUUGUUUGUUUUUGGCGCGAAACAUGAAUCAUGGAGGCAGUUGUGAGUGAACAUCAACAUGGCCGACGUUUGAACGAUAAAGAAACAACUUCAAAUCCACCUAUUAAAGCAGAUAUCAUACAUGAAGCUACUAAGUAUUGUCCAUUGUAUGAAGCUGCCGAGAAGGGCGAUGUGGAGGAGCUGACUCGCUUGUUGUCCAGGAGUCAAAUAGACGUGAACGAAAAGUCAGGUGGACAUGGCGCCUACAGGACCUCUCUUCAUGGAGCUGCAGGAUACGGACACUGGAGAGCUACUAGGACACUCUUGACGGCUGGAGCAGACCCAUAUUAUCAGAGCGACUUGGGCAGGACCCCCCUGCAUGAAGCUUGUGCCGGUGGCCAUGCCAGUGUAGUACAAGAACUUCUUCAAUUCAUGACAGAUACCGACACACAAGACUGUCAUAAACAAACUGCCGCACACAUUACUGCUUUUCAUGGAGAAGUAGAAUGUCUGAGGCUUCUGAUUGGCUGCGGCAGUAAUAUGAAUAUUGAUGAUAAGGAUGGGUGUACUGUUGCUCACCUGGCUGCAUUUAGAAACCACCCUGACAUUAUCAGAUGUCUAAUUGAAGAAGGUGUUGAUCCAAACUGCAUCGAUAAUCACAGACGAACACCYGCACACUAUGCCGCUAUGUGCAAUGGACUUGAGACACUAAAAGUUUUGGCACAUAAUGAUCUAGACAUCAACUCUAAAGACACAGAUGGCUGUGUUCCUGCUCAUCUGGCAGCCGCCCAUAACAGCUUGUCCUGUUUGCAGUAUCUCAUAUCAGCUGGUUUGACUAAGACAGAAGUAAGGGAUAAAACAGGCAGGUCUCUUUUACAUAUGGCAGCAAUAAAUGGAGCUACUGAUUGUCUUCACUGGCUGUUGGAACGACGAGCUAACCCUAAUGUUAGAGAUGGUUUGGCAAACACACCAGCACACUAUGCUGCAACAGGAGCACAUGCACAGUGUAUUAGUUGUCUUGUCCAUCACAAUGCUGACCUUGAUCUACAGACAUCACAGGGUCUCACUCCUUUAGACCAUGCUAAAAAAGCUGGCAAAGCUACAAGUUUCCAAGAUGCAGUUGAUAAAAAGAUCUGUUGUUACUUCUGUGUUGCCAAGCAACAGAAAGUAGAGUAUGAUCUUGCUCACCAGCCCACCCCUGUGGAGAAGAAUAUUGCUGCAAGUGAGUCUGUCAUAUUCAAAUCACCAAAGCUUCUAGGUGAAGGAAAUUCAGCACGACCAGUAAGUGGUAAGACAAACAUGGUUACCAAACCAAGUCGUCCCCAAUCUGGUAGCAGCAAGACCAAAAGGCCUGUCAAUCAGCCAAUGAAGAAGCAAUCAUCGGCUGAUGUUCCUAGGCGUGACCUUGCGACCAAGUAUUUUGGCGAGCAUCUUUUUUCAUUACCUGAGGUUCUUAAGACAUCUUCAGCUGGUUCUGCUGGAAAGGGAAGACGGAAGAGCAAGAAGGACAAUUCUUUGCCUUAGGUACUGAAGUGGCUAGAAAAAUUGGACCACUGUGAACUAACUGUAUUAUUGUAUAGAUACGAAUACCAUUAUGUACCACCCAAUGUAAAUAGUGCAUGUCAACUAAUAAAAAUGUCAGAGCUCAGUGUUCA